AGUGGGCAUUUGUCCCAUUUGCUCUUGCCAAAUUGAUCAGUUAGCAAGAGCAAACAGGACAAAUGUCCACUUUUGUCAAAAAGGUGGGAUUAGGAGGAAUGUGGGGGGGACAAGCGGCGAUGCCAGCCCUAUGCAGGAGGGGAGGCAGGCAGGGCUUGAGAGAGCAGCAACACCAAUCCCAGCCUCGCAUGGGGGGCGAGCAGCGACGACAGCCCCAGCCUUGUGCAGGGAGAGGGAGAGGGGGGAGGCCUCGGGCGAGCAGCUCAGGCCAGCCCCACGCGUGGAUGGGGAGAGGGCUAGCCUCACAUGGUGCCCCAUUUUCCCUUUGGGAAAUAUGGUCACCCUACGGAAACCCCAAAAUGUCCAAGAUGGUGUCCUAGCAAAACGCUGUGUGUGUUUGUAGGGGGUCCACACCAGGGCCAGCUUUAGGACCUGCGGGGCCCGAUUCAAGUACCUGGCGGUGGUCCAGGUCUUUGGCGGCACUUUGGGGGCAGGGGGUCCGCUCCGUGUCUUCCGUGGCACUGAAGGACCCCCCGACGCCAAAAUGCCGCCGAAGACCCCGGAGGACCUUCCCCCCCGACACCGGAGCGGACCGCUGCCGGAUAAGCCUAAGGCAUGGGGCCCUCUUACCUGAUUCCAGGGAAUCGGCCUAAAGCCGGCCCUGGUCCACACAAUCAUUACCCUGAGGUAAAGCAGCAGUGAGCAUGUGCCAAGUUAAUAGCUACUGAGCAUGUGCAGGAUGAGGUGAGAGGGGGGUAGACCAGCUGGCUGGACACAGCCCACUCAGACCGGUUACAGCUAGUUCUAAAGGUCAGAGCUGUCAAUCAUCGCUCUGAGCUACUGGUUGGUACUGAGCAUAUGUGAAUGAGAUAAUUGCUGCUAAGAACAAAAAGACAUAGGGAAGGAGCCUUAGUGCAGCAUAAAAAACUGGCUGCCAGGAAGUAGAUUUGGAUUUGGAGCGAGCGAGCGCAGUUGGGGGGAGGCGGAGGGAGAAAUUGGAAGCCAGCAAAAAUAUCUGCUGAAAGAGCUGCCAGAGGGAGAGAUCACAGGGGCUGACCAAGAGGGCAGAAGAACAGCUUGGAAAGACAGUUGAAGGAGGCUGAGACAGCAGCAGUAAACAGCAGCAGCAGCAUUAAUAACACAAUAACUAAUGCAUGAAAGGACAGAGUAAGGAAAGCUGCUGUGACCAGGGCAGAGAAACAGGAAGCACCUGCAAUUUAAAGGGAUACUUUAUAAAUCUGUUGGUGACCGUGACCUUCGAGGAGGUGGCUGUGUAUUUCACUGAGGGGGAAUGGGCACUGUUGGAUCUGGCUCAGAGAGCCCUGUACAGGGACAUCAUGCUGGAGAAUUACAGGAAUGUGACCUCGUUGGGUUUUCCAAUUCCCAAGCCCAGCGUGAUCUCCCAGCUGGACCAAGGAGAAGAGCCGUGGGUCCCUGAUCUCCAGGGGUCCCAGGCUAGAAAGAUCCAGAGAAACAUCCCCAGAGCAGGUGAUGAGACGGUGAGUGAGAGCAAUGAAGAGAGUCCUUGUCCGGCCGGUCCUGAGCAAAUGGAACUGAAGGGGACGUUGCUGGGAAGAUGUGAAGGGGAUGAUUCCCAGAUUCCUGGGCAAGGACAAGCCCAAGAAACUCAGUGCAGGCCAGAGAAGCAGCAGGGAACCCCUCCAGGAAAGAUACUGGGUGAAUCCACUUGCCGAGGGGGAGGUUUGGAAGAAUCUAAUAAAGUCACGAUCCAGCCAAGAACCUGCACUAAAGAGAAGCAUUUCGAAUGUGCUGAGUGCAGGAAACGCUUUAGUUGUAAAGAACACCUUGUUAGACAUCUGAGAGUCCACACUGGAGAGACCCCGUAUCACUGCCCCGAGUGUGGGAAACAAUUCAGUGACCAAUCAAUCCUUAUUAGACAUCAGCGAACCCAUACAGGAGAGAGACCCUAUAAGUGCACUGACUGCGGGAAAAGCUUCAGUCAGAGGUCAGGCCUUAUUACACAUCAGACAGUCCACACAGGAGAGAAAUGCCAUAAAUGUCCUGACUGUGGACAAACCUUCACUCAGAGAGGGCAUGUUACUAGACAUCGGAGGACUCACACGGGUGAGAGACCCUAUGGAUGCCCAGAGUGUGGAAAAAAGUUCGCUUCCACCUCUGACCUUAUUAUACAUCAGAGAAUCCACACAGGAGAGAAACCCUAUAACUGCCCCGACUGUGGGAAAAGCUUCAGUCACAGCCAUCACCUUACUGACCAUCAGAGAAUCCACACAGGAGAGAGACCCUAUACCUGCCCCGACUGCGGGGAAAGCUUCAAAAGUAAAUCUGGCUUCAAAGUCCAUCGGAGAAGGCACACGGGAGAGUGCCCCUAUCAAUGUUCCGUCUGUGGGGAAAGGUACAAAACUAGGAACUCUCUAACAUGCCACAUGAAACACCACACAGAAUAGUGCCAGACACUUCCCCUCCUCUCUCUGCAUCUGUAGAGAUAGGAAGAACCAUGAGGAUAAUAAACAGUUGCCCAAUGCCCUAGGAAGUCAAGUGGCACCACUAUUUACUUGUGUGCUGUGUAUCUCAGGAGGACGGAGGCACCAGGAGAGUGACAUUAUUAUUAUUACUGUCUUGCAUUAUUCUCUGACACUCUCCCAUCCCAUCCCAGCUCCCUCUGUCAUGAGGAGGCUUCUACUGAGCCAAAGGGUUUACCUGGAUUUCCUAGUCCCUGUUUUUAGGCAGGGACUUAGUUCACAUUGUUGCACACAGGGAUUAUUCUGUAAAUUGCUGCCCUGGGAGGCAUUUUCUCCCUGUUUCUGCAUGGUGGGGAGAGCAGGGGUCUGAAAUUUCUGGAUAGUUGGGUGUCAGUGGAUUGUUUAUUGUUCAUUGAAUUAUUUUCUGGGUAUUGCUCAAUUAUGUGUUUUUCCCCCAACUAAGAUGUAAAUAAAACUUUUCUGGCAAAUCUCA